CCCCACUACUACUCGUAAAGUUGCUUGUUCGAUUAGAACCAUAACGCUGUGAAUUCAGAAUAAAUCCAACUCCACACACCCACCUUUAUUUCCGUGUGCUGUUUAAGUGAAGAGUACAGAGAACUUGGGUGUAUAUGCUUCAAACUCCGGGUGGAGAAGGACUUGGCGAGCUGCUGUGAGGCUCUUCAGACUGCUGCGUGUCUUCCUCUCUGCCUGUGUGUGGAUGGAAGGCGCCACUGCUCAUCUGGCGCCAACGUUGGACCACCGACGCACUUUAGCGAACGCUCUCGUUGUCGUCUCAAAGCACUGUGUGGCAGCUAGCGCCCCCUAAAGUUCUGGAUCCAUACAUACAGUUCGAGCGAGACCAACGAACCACAGCCGUAUGAUAAGCACACUGGAUCUGGACCGGUACAGCGGCGUGGAGAAGCCUCGAAGAUCAACGAGUCGAAACCACAACAGGUCGCAGGCCAAGAAUGGAGAUGUCCUGUGUGACUUCUGCACGGCGAGGAAGGAGAAGGCUGAGAAGUCGUGCCUGGUGUGCUUGGCUUCCUACUGCGAGAAUCAUGUUCAAAACCACUACGACUACCCGGCCCUGAUGAAGCACAAGCUGGUCAAAGCUACUGGUCAGAUGAGAGAGAAGAUCUGUGCGCAGCAUGACAAGCUGUUGGAGGCGUUUUGUCGGACUGAUGAGACCUCGGUUUGUGUUCUGUGUAUGAUGGAUGAACACAAGCAUCACGACAUUGUGCCGGCUGGAACAGAGAGGACUGAAAAACAGAAACAACUAGGAACAACACUUCACAAAUCCCAACAACGGAUUGACCAGAGAAUUAAAAAAUGGCAGGAUCUUCGACAAUCCCUGGAGUCAGUCAAACACUCGGCACAAACGGUUCUGGAGGAGAACGAACGCAUCUUCACAGAGCUACUGCUGGCCAUUGAGAGAAAGUACAACGAGGUGAAGGAGAUGAUCAUCUCGCAUGAGAACACGACUGUUAACCGGGCUGAGCUGGUUCUUGACCGUCUGGAGGAGGAGAUCACUCUGUUGAGGAAGAAGCACAACGACUUGGAGAAGCUGUCGCACACUGAUGACCACAUUCACUUCCUACAGAGCUGGCAGAGUCUGUCUGGACCCUCGGGGUACGAAGACCUCAACAACAUCAGCGUUGUUCCAAAUUAUUCCUUUGAGGCCACCAAGAGAGCCAUUGCGGGUUUGAAGCUACAAGUGGAGGAAGUCAGCAAAUUAGAAACCAGCAAAAUCUCUGCAGCAGUGAAGGAAGUGUACAUAACUCAAGAAAACGACAAGAAAGCAACAAAUGAAUCCAUUUUAAGAGACGAAACACGAUUCAGAGAUGAAUAUCGACCAAGAGAGGAAGUAAGGAUUCGAGAGGAUCCCAGGACCAGAGAGGAUUUCCUCAAAUACUCUACCCACUUGACUCUUGACGUCAACAGUGUCCAUCGCAACCUUCAUCUCUCUGAGGGUAACAAAGCAGCGACCAUGAAGAGUGAACCCAAGAACUACCCGGACCACCCAGACCGCUUCGACCACUGGCAGCAGGUGCUGUGUAGGGAGAAUGUGAGUGGGACUCGAUGCUACUGGGAGGUGGACUGGAAGGGAACUGAGGUCGAUAUGGCUGUGACCUACAGGGGAAUCCGUCGCAAAGGCUCCAGCAACGAAUGCAGCCUCGGAUGGAACGAUAAGUCCUGGAGUCUGUACUGCUCAGAGUCCAAAUUUUCUUUCGUGCACAACAACAAGAGCAAGGACAUGCCGGUCCCACGUUCCUCCCGUAUCGGUAUUUAUGUGGACCACGCCGCAGGAAUCCUUGCAUUCUACGGUGUUUCUGAUGAGAUGCAGCUUCUGCAAAAGAUUCAAACUGUAUUUACCGAGCCAGUCUACCCGGCAUUCAGUGUGUGGGGAUUUGGUAGCAGCAUUAGACUGUAGCCGAGUUGCUCUGGUGACAGUGACGGGGAUCCUAAUCAUUUGCCCCUCAGCUAAUGGACAUUCUGAUGAUUCAGUGUUUUAUUAUAUUUUCAUUUGAUUAAGACCUUGAAUACUGUCAACUAGUUGAGAAUAUGAUUGUCUACAUGAAUGUCUCACUACGUGCUCUGUAAAAGAAUGGAAUUUAUUGUAAAAUGCAAAUCAUAAUGAUAAAUAGUGAU